AUGAACAACGACGAUGAAUUGACGGUGGAGGAAGAACGUGCGCGCCUCGCGUGCGAGAUUAGCGUUGCAGACUUGAUCAAGAAAAUUCAAAUGCCAUUAAGCUUCACCAAGAACGAUUAUCAAGUCACUGUGGAUGUGUGUAGCAUCGACACCAUUUCAGACAAGGACUUUGACUGGGCAGUGAAUCUCGUCAAACGGAACUUGAAGGACCAAUACGUGGAAGCAAAAGAUAUGGGCUGGAGUACGCCAGAUAAACGCGAAGAGAUGAGCUCUGACGCACCAAGAUUUCUAAUUGCACGUGUCAAUCAGCGAAGCAUCGGAUAUGUGCAUUUCCAAUUCAGUACUGAAGAGUUGGGAGAUGUUGAUCAGGAUGCCAAGUUAAGAUAUGAUCUGGCAAAUUGGGAUAAGAAUGGACGAAUGGGAGCUAAACCAUCAAUAUGUGAAGAAGUCGCAGUAGUCUAUUGUUACGAGCUGCAAUUAGAAGCUGAAGCACAAGGGCGUGGUCUUGGCCAUCAUUUGAUGGAACUAAUGGAACAAGUUGGACGUGUUACUGGAAUGUACAAGUCAAUGUUGACCGUCUUCAAAUCCAAUACUCGAGCCAUCGAGUUCUAUUCCAAACGAGGGUAUUCCAUAGAUCCGAUUUCUCCACCAAAGUCAAUGCGUGCUUCAUAUGACAUAAUGUCUAAAUUAUUAGUAACCAACUUGUAA